GGAACCAGCAUUUGCAUCCUGAUGUGGCAUGCCUUCGCGUGUUUUUUCUUCGCCAACAAUGUGGUUGGAGCCCAGUUUGUUGUCCGCGACCCCGUGAAGAUUGACCAUGCAGUGUCCGUGCGACUGAAAGAUGGCCGAGAUGUUGAGAUUGUGACGCGCAGUGAUUUCAGCACGGGGCUUCCAGUGUUCGAAGUCCAAGAUUUGCUAACAGAAGAGGAGUGUGCAGCGAUUCGUUCAGCUGCUCCCUCCUCCAUGAUGGAAGAAAGCCUAACAGAUAACGACGACAAAGGCCAACCCAUCAGUCCUCGGAAAGCCGCGAAAAUGUUCAAAGAUCUCGACGAGAAUCGUGACAAAGCCUUGGAUGCAGAAGAAAUCGCGCAGUUUUUCAGAGAGGCCUUUGAUUUGGUGGACUUUACCUGGGACUUUUUGACCCCAAGGGUGCCGAACCUGACAAAAACCAACACGAAGGUAAGGAAGCAGGAAUUCAUUGCCACAAACUGGAAUCAACUCUUCGCCGACGCAAAGAAGUUGCACCCAGAAUGGUUUGCUCGGCAUUCCCGUCAGACUUGGAUGAUGUACUCAGAGCACUCUUUCCUCCAGAGUGUCUUGGACAAUGUUGCAGCAGUCACUGGCUUGUCAGAAACCCUGGUUCGUGAGACUGCGGAGAGCAUGCAAGUUCUUGUCUAUCCCCCAAAUGGGGGGCACUAUUCGUGUCAUCAUGAUACAGCACCUGACUAUCCCGAUGACGCCCGCUUCAUGACAGUAUUUUUUUUUCUGAAUGACGUCACUGAGGGAGGUGAAACGGUGCUUUUCGGCACCGACUUGAAUGGUACGUAUGGAAAAGAGAGGGCGCUUCAGGGAGAAGAAGUUUGGGGAGAAAUUGAAUCUCGAUGCCAAUCGGUGGCCAGCUGCCCUCGGAAUGGCACAAUGCCUCCGCCAUUUUCUACAGCUUUGGCAGUGAAACCGCGGAGAGGAACAGCUCUUUUCUGGUACAACAUGGCGAUAGACUCCAAAGGCCAACCUGGACGUUUUUACUGGUCGAGCAUACACGGAGGGUGUCCUACCAGAUCAGAAGAGAAAUGGGCUGCGAACAUUUGGCUGCACAACACCAGGCAAUCGGAAGAAGACUGUGGAGCAGGAACUUUAGCUGUGGAGAAGUAGCGAGACUCUGCAAAUCUGGAACCUUGACCUGGAGGAAUCAGGCCACAGGAUGAACGAAGAUUGGCAGGGUAACCAGCAGGGUUUUGCAGUUUUUUUCCUUCAGAAGUCAGCCACGGACCGGGACUUGCUUCAUGGCGCUGAACAUCUCGACAAAGAGACCGGGCCAGUCACCACCCGAUGCACGAUCAGAGCAUGGCAAGCGGUCAGGGAAGAAAA